CGAAAAAAUUCGCUUUUAUUUGAGUGACAAUGAUGACGUUUCCUUGUUUUUGCUAAAUAACAAAAUUGCAAAGUAAAAGGUUGUUCUUUUUUAAUUUUUUGAAGAUCAAAUGGAUUUAAUACUCUUAAUCGGCAUAGCUGCGUCUUUACUCAUAAUUUUGAUAACUAUAUUUAUUUUUCAAAAAAAACAAAAUAAGGAAGACUCUGAUAAACAGAAUAAUAGAAAUGUUCCUGUUCGAGUACAAGAAGGUGUGCCAAGAAGAGCCCAAAUUUUAAGAAAUCAAAGAAAUAGAGUGAGAGCUCCUGCAACCCCGCAAGCACAAGCCGAAGAAAGUGAUGAAGAUGCAGAUGAAACAAAUAUACAUGCAGCGACUGAUGAAAAAAUGGGUGCCAAGAAAAGAGCUAAAUUAGAAGCUAAAGCAGAAAAAAAAGCUCAACGUGAACAGGAAUUAAAAUUUAGAGAAGAAAAGAAGAAAAAAGAUGCAGCAGAAGAAGAGGAACGUAAAAAAAUGCAAGAAAAGGAUGAGGAAGCGGAAAAGAAAAGAGAAGAAGAAGAGCGUUUAGCUCGAGAGGAAAAAGAACGAAAAGAUUAUGAAGAAUAUUUAAAGAUAAAAGCAGGAUUUGAUGUUGAAGAAGAAGGUUAUGAAGAAGAAGAAGAAAAGGAUGGACUGCUCCUUGAAUUUAUUGAACAUAUAAAAAACAAUAAGGUCGUUAUUUUAGAGGAUUUGGCUACACAUUUUAAAAUGAAAACUCAACAAGUAAUCGACCGUAUUACUGAAUUACAAAAGAAUAAUACUUUAACGGGUGUAAUUGAUGACCGCGGGAAGUUCAUUUAUAUUUCAGAAAAAGAAUUAAAUGCUGUAGCUAAAUUUAUAAGGCAAAGAGGCCGUAUUUCAAUUUCUGAAUUAGCAGAAAGUAGUAAUACUUUAAUAAAUUUAGCGCCAGUGAAAAGUUAAAAUUAAAGCUUGUUUUGUUUUAGAAUUGAAUUUAUUUAAUAAAAGUUAGAGGAAUUAAUUCCUUUCUUAUGGUUAA